AUGAAGCGCGCAAGGAGCCCAUCACCAAAGGGCCUUUCACUUGCAACCAUUGCCGAUUGGAAGCUCUUGCAUAAUUCCGUAUUAGCACUCCUUCCAUCCGCUGAGCAGCUGAAGCGGUCGAUAACCUCACUACCAGGGGAGAAUUUGUGUCUCAAAGUGGCAGCCUUUGAUUUGGACGACACACUCAUCAUGCCAAAGACCGGGGCGGUGUUUCCUCGUGACGAUCCAACUGACUGGAAGUGGCUGACACCGUUGGUUCCCACUCACCUACGCGUCUUACACGAUGGAGGUUUUAUGGUAGUGAUUUUCAGUAACCAGGCUGGGAUAGGAGGGAAGCAGUGGAACGAAAAGAAGGCGGACGUUGUGAAGCAGAAGGUGGUACGUCUAAGCAAGGGGCUCAAUAUUCCCUUAACAGCAUUCCUUUCGACAAAAGACGAUAUUUGGAGGAAACCGAAUGUUGGCAUGUGGACUAUGUUGCAAGAGCACGCGAGUGAUAUCCUGAAGGAAAAGGUAGUGAUCGGCAGUGACACUUGCGGGUACGCGUUUUAUGUCGGCGAUGCCGCUGGUCGCAAGAUAACAACACUUGCGGGUCGGAAGAAAGACUUCAGCUGCUCCGAUCGGAAAUUCGCCUAUAAUAUCGGCAUUCCAUUCUUCACUCCUGAAGAGUUCUACUCAUGCCCAGAGGACAAACUACUUGAAGAAAGGAAGAAGGGCAGUGAUGACACGCCGUCUGUCGACGGCAAGGUGGUUUCUCACCGUCUUUUGAAUGUGGCACAAGCCUCAUGUACUGUGGAUUGGGGAGGGGUUGGGCCAACUGAGCUUAGCAAGCUGCCAAAAUCAUAUAGUGGUCUUACCAUCCAUCGCAUUUUAGCCAAUGGAACAAAAGACAUCAUAGAAGUCUCGUCGCCUGCAGCGUUCCAUAGAGCUUCUCAGGAAAUGAUUGUGUUCGUGGGUUAUCCAGGUUGUGGAAAGACGACUUUUUUUGAGCGCUUCUUCGAGCCACAUGGAUACGCUCACGUAAACCGUGACAAACUUCAGACGAGGGAGAAGUGUCUUGCAGAGGCAAGAAGGUGGUGGAAAGCUGGGAAGAGUGUUGUGAUUGACAAUACAAAUCCCUCGCAUGAAGAUUGCAGGGUGUUCGUGGAGGUGGUUAAGCAGGAUGGAUCAGGAAGGUCACCGCUCCCCGUGCGGUUAUUCCUUUUUCGAAUAUCAAAGGAAAUGUCCAUGCACAUGUCAAACGUUCGCGCGCGGCUUGGCGUUGCCCCCAAGAUUAGCCGAGUGGCCUAUAACGUGUACCAGUCUAAAUUUGAUAGUUGGACGGCUGAUUCGGUGAGGUCAAUGGGAAUCGAAGAAUUGGUGGAAAUUCCACCUGUUGCAUCCUUUGAUGGCCUUCCCAAAGACAGCAAGAGGGAGUUUUUCCUGCUCUCAUGA